AUGCCGGAAAAGACUCCCCCCGUGUUGGAUAAGUAUGAUGGUUCGGCUGAUCCGGAUAAUCACUUAAGGACGUUCGGUAAUGCUAUGGCAUUCUAUACAGACAGCGACCCGGUCAUGUGCAGAGCCUUCUCGUUAUCACUUAAGGAAGAGACAUUGGAAUGGUAUAACACUCUUCCUCCCAACACAGUGGAUUGCUUCGCUACUGUGGAAAACCUCUUUAGGAGACAAUACGCAUCCAAUCGGAAACAGGAGGUAACACUGGCGGAUUUGGUAAACACUAAGCAAGAGAAAGGAGAAACUUUGAAGGCUUUUAUGAAGAGGUAUACUGAAACCGCACGACGGGUUAGAGAGAUAGAUCAAUCUUUUAUUAUCAAUAAUUUGCCUUCGUGUAUGAGACCAGGAUAUUUUGCGGAAAAAUUGUAUGCACGACCGCCAAAAACUAUGGAGGAGCUACAGGAGCGAGCAGCUGAGUUCAUCCGUAUGGAGGAAAUGCGAUUGUCACAAAGGAAACGACAACAAGAGGCUGAUGUGGGCGGAAGUAGAAAGGACAACAAACGACCGUUCGACAAUAACGAUAAGAAUAGGGAGUUUCCCCGGCCAUUCAAGUUUCACCAUUGUACAACCCUCAAUGCACCUAGGGCAAAAGUUCUCGAAUAA